GAGUUGCGAGAGCUGCGUGAGAAGGUCAGAAAGCACGAGCAUCGUGAGAAGGAAUCUUCUGCAGAUGCCGACUUCUCCAUGCAAUCGGUGUUCCUCACAGGCUCGGCAGCCCGUCAACGGCUGUCGGAAGCGGAUCGUGAGCUCAACGCGGUGGCCAAGUUCGUGGGUCCAGCGUGGGAUGAGUUGCGACGCUCUUUGGAGACGGAGAGGACCAAGCUCCGCGACUUCCUCCAUGCCAGUCGCCCAGUCCAUUCGCAGGUACACAUCGUCACGACGCGCAUCGAGGCCGCGGAGCCGAAGCUCGUCAAGGCCAUGGAGGUGCUCGACCGUCAGAAGCAGCAGCUGGAGCAGAUCAGGUCCAGCAUCGCUCAGGGUGAGGAGGACAUCGAGUCCCAAGAGCCGGCCAAGCAAGAGCUGCGCGUGCAGAGGAACCGUUUGGUGGCCGGAGGUGAGCUCGCCACCAGUGGUGCUCCAUUGUCCACCUUGCAGCUCAACCUCACCAACUUGCAGGGGCCCCUGGGGGAACUGGGAGUCCAGGGGGAGUUAGAGUCCAAG